AUGUCAGAUCACGAUACAAAAUCUUCAAGAAUAAACAUCCAACUCGGGAAGUCUUCCAGGUCCUCGCUGGACAUAAAGAAACGCUCUCGUCCUGUUUAUGGAAAGCAAUACCGAGCGCAUGCGCUGCACGACGAAUCUGAAUCCGACGACGGUGAUUUUGAGCAGGAAUAUGGGCGCGCUGAAGCAAUCACAUCAUACGAUAUCUACGAUACAAAGUCAGACGGCGGAGACCGGCGAAGAGCCCGGGACCGUUCUUCAAGCAGCGACCGUGAUAGAUCACGGACUCGCAACGGAGACACAGCGUCCGAUAGAAGGGAUAAGGCCAGGCGUGACGAUGAAGACCGGUCGAGGAGUCGCAAUAGCAACGGAGUUGAGGAUAAUGAAACCGAAAAAAAUCCGAUCAAGUAUGGAUUGACAAUCAAGACGAAGAGCAGAGAGGACAUAGGCGAACGAACUUCGCGAGACAGUCGCUCUCAAUCCGAAGACUUCGGGAAAGAAGGAAAAGGUUCGAAGACCCUCGAAGAGGAAGCCCUAGAAGCCCUCAUGGGAUCUGGAGUGCCGAAACGCAAACAGCCCGUAUUCGACGAGCCUGACAGAGAGCCACAGCUUGAGGAUUACAAGGCCGUCCCUGUUGACGACUUUGGUGAAAACCUUCUUCGCAGCUUUGGGUGGGAUGGCAAGAUGCGCGGUAAGGUUAAAGAGGUAAAGCGUUACGCAAAUCUCGCUGGCCUUGGUGCCAGAAACGUUAAAGAGGCCGAAGAUCUCGGUGCGUGGGAUCCGAAGGCAGGCAAAAGUUCCUCCUCCCGGCCGGUACGACUAGACGACUACCGAAGAGAAGAGGAGCGAAAACGCCGGCGUCUGGAGGACAAGUACGGAGAUAGCUACAAAAGAGAACGCGAAAGAGAACGGGAGCGGGAACGGGAGCGUGGGAGUGACAGGUAG